AAAAAAUCUUGAGCUGAGUGAGGACGAGGCGAAAAUAUUUUAAUUUUCUAAAAAAUGACUUCAAUCGAAAACUAUUGAUACAUUCCAGUUAUUCCUCUUACAUUGCAUAGAUCUUAACUAGUUUUAUAAGCUUAGAAAGCGUCAAAAUGAUGCAAUUUAUGCUGCUGUUCAGCCGACAAGGCAAGCUGCGGCUGCAGAAGUGGUACGUGGCACACCCUGACAAGCUGAAGAAGAAGAUAACUCGCGAGCUGAUCACCACGGUCCUGGCCAGAAAACCGAAAAUGUGCUCUUUCCUCGAAUGGAAGGACGUCAAAGUGGUCUACAAAAGGUAUGCAUCACUGUACUUCUGCUGUGCUAUGGAACAGGAGGACAAUGAGCUGCUGACUCUGGAGCUGAUCCACCGCUAUGUGGAAUUGCUGGACAAGUAUUUUGGGAGUGUGUGCGAGCUGGACAUAAUCUUCAACUUUGAGAAGGCGUACUUCAUCCUGGACGAGCUGGUGCUGGGCGGGGAGCUGCAGGAGACCAGCAAGAAGAACGUGCUGAAGGCCAUCGCCGCUCAGGACCUGCUACAGGAGGAGGAGACGCCCCAAGGAUUCUUCGAGGACCACGGCCUCGGCUAGUGCGCCUCCACGGAGUCCGCACGCUUCGCCACACCAUAGAGUAAAGAGUUCUCACUGGCAGCAUGCAAAAUACCUUGGGCUUUGGCGCGGUGGUUCUGAGAUAAAGCCCGCAUUACAUUCUUUAUUCUAUGACGCAACGGCGAUGAUCUACUGGUAUAUUUCGGAUGGCAUCUUUUUUCAUUGAUACAUUAGAGGAGCGCAUUUAUUACUUAGCUGCAUACGCACUAUUUUCGAAUAAUUAUAUUUAAAAUAUGGCUUAGAUUUUAGAAAUGAUAGUGAAAACGUAUUUCUUUCGUCCAUUAGUUUUUAGUUAUACAUUAAUUGAGCUUAUGAAAUAAUUGUUUUUCGUAUAAGUAUUGCACUGUAUUAUUUAUUAAGUAUUGCUUGGCUCUCCUAUUAUAAAACAAAAUAUAACGUACUUAUUUUUUAAACAUAUUUAAAAAUAAUUAUGAAUCCAAUAUUAUCCACAAUUUAUUGUGCCAAAUGUAUAAUCAAAUUAAUUCGCCAGUUCUUCCAUGUAAAUUCACGUUUGAAUUAAUAAUAGCACUGAUCUCAAUUUUAAAUUAUUAUAUCUUCCAUAUCAAAUUGUCAUAUCUAAUUUGAACAACUUUACACUUCCGAUUAAAAUGACUGUUUUUGGCCUAAGAUGGAAAUCAAGACAAUUUUUUCGAAUGUAUUCAACUUUGUGUAUAAAACUAUUAAAAUAAAUCGUUAUAUGAGUACA